AUCCUUCCAAUGCCAGUCCAUCUUUAAGUGAAAGAAAAGUUCAAGCAUUUUUGGAUUCUAAUGUUCCCUUAGCUACAUAUACAUCUACAAGAAUUGUUAAAAGCUUUCCAAGUGGGAUUAGACAGGAUUCGAGCAAUAUAGACCCUAUGGAAUCUGUUAGGUUUUUUUGUGAUUUUUUUAAAAAGGGGGAGGGGAAAGAUUGUGGGGUUUGGGCUGAUAUCUGGAAAAUCCCUGGGUAGCCCUCGGAGCUCCGGUGGAUCUCUGGGGAUUUUCGGAUUCGGAUAUCCAGAUCUGCCAAACUUAGCGGAUAGUAGUUUCUUGUGGGUUUUUUUCAAAAAGGGGAAAUGAGAGGGUGAUUUUGGCCUUGAAAAUACCGGGAUAUUUGGAUCAGAUCCGAAAGCUUCCGGAUCUCCGUGGAUUUUCAGAUUCGAAUAUCUAACUCUGCGAAAUCUAGUGGAUGAUAUGGAUUUGUGGAAUUCAAUUAGCUGCAAUGAAUUUUCAAACUUGUGAUGAAGAAUUGGAUAUAAAUAAAGGAUUAUUUUCAAUUAAUGGAAGUAUUGGUUAUAUUUUAAAACCAAAAAUUUUGUUAGAAGGGAGAGAUCCAAGGCAUAAAACUACAAUUUGUUGCACUUUGGAAAUUGCGAUAAUUUGUGGGCAAUAUUUACCUAAAGCAGAGCCUGGAAAUAGUGGAAUUGUUGACCCAUAUGUUAGUGUUGAAAUUUUUGGAAUUCCAAAUGAUCGUUGUAAAUUAAAUACAAAGCCAGUUUAUAAUAAUGGUUUUAACCCCGUUUGGAACGAAAAAAUGUCUUUUCAACUCCGAUGUCCAGAAUUGGCAAUAUUACGUAUUUGUGUAAAAGAUUUUGAUUCAACUAGUGCAGAUGAAUUUAUUGGAGAAUUUUCUGUUCCUGUACAAAGCAUUAGACAAGGAUACUCCCAUGUUCGUUUAAACACUGGAAGUCAACAUAAUACAGAUGAAGCAGCUUCUUUAUUUAUAAGAAUUGCUUUUAGUUGA